CCGCAGAGCCGGAAGCGAGGUAGCCUUCGGGCCUGAGGGGGCGGCGGCGUGGAAAACAGAGAACCUGGUGCCAUUAGAGCUGGCCAGCUUCUGCAUUCAGGCUUCAGCUCGCGUUGAACACCUCCAGGACUCCGGUGGCCAAUGGAAGGGAUCGCAUCGCGAAGUACCCAGCGCAGACCGAAACAGCGCAGCCGCUGAGAGCCGCCGGAAGCUUCGCCCCUAGGCGGAGCUGAGAAGCCUCGCCGUGGAGGAAGGAACCCAGAGGGCCUGCCCCCGGGGCAGAGCCCGCGGCCAUGGCCACGCCCCCAGAGGCCGGUCCCGCGGCUCUGCGCUUUGCCGCCGCCGCUAGCUGGCAAGUCGUGCGGGGACGCUGCGUGGAGCAUUUCCCGCGUGUAUUAGAGUUUCUGCGAUCACUGCGCAUUGCUGCCCCUGGUUUAGUUCGCUACCGCCACCACGAACGCCUGUGUAUGGGUCUGAAGGCCAAGGUAGUGGUGGAGUUGAUCCUGCAGGGCCGGCCGUGGGCCCAGGUUCUGAAUGCCCUGCAUCACCAUUUCCCAGAGUCUGGACCUGUAGUGCGGGACCCCAAAGCGACAAAGCAGGAUCUGAGGAAGGUCUUGGAGGCGCAGGAGACCUUUUGCCAAGAGGUGAAGCAUCUAGCAGAGGCCCCAGUGGACUUGGCUUCCAGGGUGCAGGAACUUGAACAAGAGUAUGGGGAACCCUUUCUGGAUGCCAUGGAAAAGCUGUUCUUUGAAUAUUUGUGUCAGCUAGAGAAAGCCCUGCCUGCAUUGCAGACACAGCAGCUUCAGGAUGUGGUCAGUUGGAUGCAGCCUGGAGUUUCUAUCGCUACUUCUUCUGUCUUGAGCCAGUAUGCUGUGGACAUGGGGUGGCCACUUCCAGAGUGCUCCGUUAACGAUUCGGUGAGCACGACAGAGCCCACGGAGCAGAAUCCUCGGCAACCAAAACUAGCACUUCACGAUCCUUUGCCAGAAGCCAGUUCUGGCCCAUACCUCCCUCGAGGACCAGCCUCCAGGAAGGACCCAGAACCUAAGGCUGGUCACCACUUCAAUCUGGCGCCUCUAGGCCGGCGAAGAAUCCAGUCCCGAUGGGCAUCCACUAAGGGAGGCCAUAAGGAGCGCCCCACAGUCAUGCUGUUCCCCUUUAGGAAUCUGGGUUCACCACCCCAAGUCAUAUCUGAGCCUGAGAACAGGGAAGAACAUGGGACAAACAUGGCAGAUCCAGCAGAUGCUGUGGGCAUGAGAGCAGCUUCCACUGGAAAGCCAAAGAGUCCACCCCAGCCGCUGGGGGGAAGGGCUUUGAAAGAGAACCCAGUUGAGGUGUUUGCUUCAGAGCAAGAAGAGAAUUGCUUGGUUUGCCCCAUGGACCCCCUGAGACUGUCAUUAUCUCCUCCUAGGACCAGGAAGCCAUUGUGUCCUCCAUCUCUGUGCAGCUCUGUCAUUACCAUAGGGGACUUGGUUUUGGACUCUGAUGAAGAAGAAAAUGGCCAGAAGGAAGGAAGGGACCCUCCCUGCUCUCCCAGCAUCCUUACCGAAAGCCUUGGCCACAUCCCCAGGACAGCUGCAGCCUCCAUCCUGCAAAGUAAGGAGCACUGUGAAGAGAGAACACGGACUGCCCAAGCACUCUGAGUGAUGUCCCCGCGGCCCACCUCCAAGCUGACAGGAACCCAGGAGUCCUGAUCCACUGCUACCACAGUUUCCACACAGCAGGAAACACAGCAGUGUGGCAGCCUCCUCCCCUCCCCUGCCUGUGGCCCUUACUGAGAUGAUGUGGCCUUUGAGGCCAUGAGCAGCGUCUGCACACUCCAUCACGGCACUGAGCUGUGGAUACCCCACUCCAGUUUUCUUGCGGGUGGUGCACACGGAGCCUGAGAAGAACGUCACAUCACGGGAACAGUGAAGUGCUCCCGGGGCGUGUGCCACUGGAGCAGUAGCCCGAGGCUCCCAGUAAAGCAGCUUACCUGGGCCAAUUCCCACUUUGAUGAUGUCAGCCCCAGAGAGGAUCAGCUCUUCCACCAUCUCUCCUGUUACCACAUUCCCUGCCUGAGGCACAAAACCGGGCACUCUUAGAGAGAAACCAGAGAGGAGGUGGCGCGCUGUCACACACAGCAUGCCUGGACUGUGACCUUCCAGCGUUAAUACAAAGAGGGGUACCUAGGUUUCCUCUACUGGGCAAGGACUCUACUUCCCAAGAUGAGGUAAGGGGGUGGUGGCCAGGAUCACUGUUGCACUAGGAUAAAGCUGGGGUCCAACUGGACCAAGGCCAGAGCUGAUGUAUCUUCCCAUCCUUACCAAGAGACCCCAACAUAUCCUGUCCUUAAGCCGUUACAUCAUACAAUUUCUGGCUUCAGAGAAAGGGGGAGAUGCGGUACUAUAAGCUAAAUGGCCACCUGCACAGCUGUAUUUACUUCCGAUGGACAGUACAGAGAGACCCCUUGAUGCUGCAGAGAAAAAGCGGCCUUGUCAUCACUCCUCUAAGCUUGUAAACAAAUAAAACGCUUUCAUGCGACCCCUUUAA